AUGGCACCCCGGUUUGAGAUCGCAGUUGGUCUGCGAAAAGGCCACAAGACCACUAAAAUAUCCGCUGGAAGAAAGGGUAUUACAGACAAAGCAAUCAGAAUCAGACCAGCUAGGCUAAAGGGUUUGCAAACAAAGCACUCAAAGUUUGUCCGAGACUUAGUCCGUGAAGUUGUUGGACAUGCCCCUUAUGAAAAGAGGGCUAUGGAAUUGCUUAAGGUAUCAAAGGACAAGCGUGCACUGAAAUUCUUGAAACGUCGUCUGGGCACACACAUCCGUGCCAAGAGGAAGCGUGAAGAGAUGAGCAAUGUUCUGGUACAGAUGAGGAAGGCGGCUGCGCAAGCGCACCACGCCACCACUCACGCGCAC